AAGAAAAAAAUAACAUUAAUAUAUUUCGCAUAAGAAUUAGCGUAAUUUUGAUCUAGUCAUGGAUAGCCUGGAAAAACUGCACUACUUCUUCAUUUCUGGAAACAAGAUUGAUUUCGUGGAAUUGGACGCUUUCGAUGACAUCAACAAGUUGGUCUAUUUGAACUUAUCCGUAAAUAAUAUAAAUGACUUGUAUUUGGAGACGUUUGAAAAAUUGCAGUGCUUGAGAUUGAUCAAUUUGAGUCGCAACAAGCUCGAGGAUGUUCCGCGAAUUUUGAGUAAGACAGUGAUCAGCAUUCUGGCUCUUAACUGUAACAAUGUUAAGAGUUUAAUUGCAAACGCUUUUGUGGAAAUGCCAAACUUGACAAAAUUAUUAUUGAAAGUGAAUCAAAUCGUCGAGAUUAAUGUUAAAGCAUUUGCUCAACUUUCGUUUUUAGAAGUAUUAGAUCUUUUGAAGAACAAAUUAAGUUUUCUACCGAAAGAAUGGAACGAGUCUUUCAUGUCUUUAAAAUAUUUAAAUUUGAACAAUAGUCAAUUUACUUCAUUAAAGUUUUUAUCUUUGGCAAGUGCAUUAUUAUCAUUGAUCGAGGUGAAUCUGGCGAUAAAUCCAUUGAAUUUAGAUGUUAGCUAUUUCAAGAACUUGCCGCAGAAUCUUAUUGUAAAAGUGCAGGGAUUAAGUUUUGCAUACUGGAAUUUCAAUAAAUGCAAGUCAAAUUAAUACUGUUAAAUCAAG